GGUGAUGACCACUCUGAGGGAGGCCUCGUGGAGAAUCAUGUGGAUGGCACCAUGAACAUGUUGGGAGGUGGAAGCAGUGCCGGCCGGAAGCCCCUCAAGUCAGGCAUGAAGGAGCUGGCUGUGUUCCGGGAGAAGGUCAGCGAACAGCACCGGCAGAUGGGCAAAGGCGGCAAACACCACCUCAGCCUGGAGGAGCCCAAGAAGCUGCGGCCACCUCCUGCCAGGACCCCUUGCCAGCAGGAAUUGGACCAAGUUCUGGAACGCAUCUCCACCAUGCGCCUUCCGGACGAUCGGGGUCCCCUGGAGCACCUCUACUCCUUGCAUAUCCCCAACUGUGACAAGCAUGGCCUGUACAACCUUAAACAGUGCAAGAUGUCUCUGAAUGGACAACGUGGGGAAUGCUGGUGUGUGAACCCUAAUACCGGGAAGCUGAUCCAGGGAGCCCCCACCAUUCGGGGAGACCCAGAGUGCCAUCUCUUCUACAAUGAGCAGCAGGAGACUGGUGGGGCUCAUGCUCAGAGGGUGCAGUAA